AGUAAUAUCAGCGCUUCUUUUUUAACAAAAAUAUCGCACGACGAAGCCGUAAAGCAGUCUGUGGGUGGAUGCGGAAAUAGCGGCCAGUUUCAUAAGGUGCUCGUUGACAACGACUACAGCGUCCCUAACAUCGUCUUCCCAGAAUUCAACGAUAAACCGGAAGUUACGUCACAUUCAACCGGAAGUGAAAAUAACGUAGACGCACGCGAACUUGGUGAACCGGAAGAGGACAGUACAAGGAAAAUAUCGCAUGAAGAAACCAACGACUUAAAAGUUGACGAUGAUGGUCUGUUUCAAUCUAACCCUGAUGACGAAGAUUCCUUGCUUGAAGAAUGUAAAGCUCUGAUAUCAGAAGCCGCAGACAGAGCUGUCAAAAGAUCGAUUAGUAAGCCCCUUAAAGCUGACACUGUAACUGACCUUGAUGCCGAGUCCGUUGAUGAAAAUGUGGAGCGCGUUGAAGUAGUAAAUCAAGCAAGAAAAAGUGUUACUCUUGAUGUAGAUACUAUUGUCACGCCUGAAAUUGAUGUGGAUAACGAAUCUGAAACUGAAAUUAACAAUCGGGACGAUGUAUUCGAAGAAUGUCACGAAAGCGUUAAUGGUAUUGUUACAAAUGAAAACGUAGAUGUUUCCACAAAAGACAAAGAUACUGGUAAAGGUAAAAUUAAGAAAAACUCGAAGUCGAAGUCAAAAAAGAAUACUUCAAUUGAAGUAGACAAAGCAGAAAGCAUUACCAAAAAGGAAAGUUUAAAAAUUGAAAAGAAAAGGGGCAGUAUCUUCUCAAACAUGUUUAAGUUCAGUAAAAGAAAGACAUCUAGCUCCGACAUUGUUAACGAGGAUAACGAACAAUCUCCAGUCAAUGAUUUGGUAACAGAUAAACCUUCAAAUGGUGAAAGUAUCAAAAUACCAAACGGUGUUUCCGAAGAAAAUGCGGGUGGAAUUCGGCGUCUGGAUUCCCUUGACAGCGGAAUUGUUGUUGAAAAAGUAAAUGUUAAUCAAAGAGUCAGUGUGGAGUAUGCAUUUCCACAAAAGAGGAAGCAAGAUACUGGGAACGAACCAAGCAACGAUAAUCAUACUGAAAGAAGUCAGCUAGAACUAGUCGUAGAAGCAGGUGCUGAACAUGGAAGUGACAUUGUUGGUCAACGACUUGCAGAACCAAUUUAUAUAAACGGUGAAAAGGAAGAUGAAGAUUUUGUUUAUAUAAACGAGAGGGCAGUCGACGUAGCUGAUUUGUCUAAGUCUCAGUGUUCUAUUGUAGCGGCUGUUAAUGCAGGACCAAGUGGAAUUGCCUAUGACCAGGUCGAGAAGGAUAAUAGAGAAGAUGCUGAUGAUGAAAAGGAGUCAGAUAUUUCGUCUGAUUCAGGAACUGGCAUGGCAUCGAAAGUUAAAAUGGUUGAUAAACCAUCGAAGCCCAACAUUGUGAAACUUAAGAAGAAAAGCUGGUCUUUUCAAUUUGGCAAAAAGAAGACUUCAGAGAACAACGAAGAGACAAAGUCAAACGGAUCGACGGAGGCAGAAAAAGAAACCAAGAAACCACGAUGGAAAUUUGGCAAAUUUUCGUUUCGACGACCACAAGAAGUGUCUGCAUCAACUCCUGAUUUGACAAAUGCGUGUAUUCCUGAGGAAGCUCCAGAAGAGCAGGAGACAAUGGACAAGAAACCGAGGAAACUUUCGAGACUCAGGCAGCUUAUAUCUAAGAAGAGCAGAAAGAAAAGUGCGGCCAGCAGUGAUGAUGGUUUGGAACGUAGAAGUAUGUCAAUGAUGGACAUUUCAAUACCAGAUAAUACUGCUAGAAGUAGAAGAAGUAUCGUUGAAAAAGAAAUACAUCUACCUCAGACGGAUGCCUUUGAUGGUGUGGAAUUAUCAGAUCUUUCACAAGAAGAAGACGGUGCUGACGACCAAAACAAAAAGAGAAGGGAAAAGAAAAGUAAACUGGCGAAAUCAAAACAUAGUGUAAAAGAUACUGGUAAACCAUCGCAUGAGGCUGGUGAAGCGAAAGACAAUAACAACGAGGCUGAUGGCAUUACUGAUUCUAUUCAAGAUGGUCAGGUAUAUGUUAACCAAACUGUUGAAGUUUCGGGUGUGAACGAAGCACCUGUUAUUGAAGAUGAAUAUGCGAAUAUGGUAGAACAACCGUCGAGUCCAACUAAGAAACAAAUAAACAUUACUUUGCAGAUGCCCAAAGUACCAGUAAUUGAAGAUCAUAACAAAACAGAUCGGCCAGUAGAUGAUAGUCAAGCAAAUGUAGAGGCCGAGCCAGAUUAUGCAGUUCUUAAAGAAGACACGGUUGAAGAAAACCAAGUAAUCAUAGAUACACCUGUUCAGAAUAUCAUUAUUGAGCCUCCUGAAGAUUUUGUAGAUCCCAAUGAAGAGGUCCAAGAAACAUUCGUUAAACAAGAAGCGAAAAGAAAAGAACUGGCAUAUUCAAAUUUGCUUUAUGCCAGUACUGACUUUAACUCUCCAGCGGAGCCAUCUAAUGAUACCUCUGCAAUGGAAUCACCUGAUGAAGAUGAAUCAGAUGCCUUUGUGCAGCUUCAAGAAAUUGUAAAUGAUCAGACAGAACCAGACAUGAGUGAGAUAACUGAAACGUUUCAUGUUAAAAAUGAUGACCAGAGGCGACAAAAUCGAGAAAGUUUCGUUAGCAACAUGGCGGAAAUGUUUGAACCAGUGAAAAUCGCAGCAGACAAUUCAUUGGCACAAUCUUGUAACUCGAGUGAGGGAUUAACGAACAAAGUGGAAACUAAAAUCGUGCUUAUGAGAGAGAUAGGUGUCCAAGCUCCUGACAUUUACAUGCCUCUUGAUAAAGAAGACUUUGGAUUCACUGAUAAGAAAGUUACGACGUGUGAUAUUGGUGUACAGGUGAACACUUUUGAAAACACUGUUGAAGAUAAGGUGGUUACUCCUAAACUUGUUCAAGAAACUAAUGAAACUGUCAGCACAGACAAGGACGAUUCAACAGCAUUUUUCUAAAGCAAACUUAGCAUUUGUAAAUAAUAUACAUUACCAUGUUGACACAUUUCUAUCAUCAAUAUAAAUGUUUGACAUAUGUAUAUACAAUUAUGUACAUACAUUUUAUAAUAUGAAUGUAAUAAAUGGUAAAAAU